AACUUGCGGUCAUCUCUCUGCGCAGUGAGAAGGUGAUGGAGGCUCAAACUCUGCACGCUAACAGAUUAACCCUCUACUCUCCUUCUUGGUUAUAAGAUAAGAACGCGUUGGAAUACCUGCACGCACUUCGUGGAAUAGAUAAUGAAACGAUGCCCAAGAUAAAGAGGAUAAUGUGGCUGACUCCUCCCAGCCUGGCCAUUCAUCGUAUUAAUAAUCACACCACUUGAGCUUCGCCUUAAAAGUGGGAGGGCUGCUCAAAAGCGCCGGAAAACCGCGGGGAGCUGUCUCUGUUACGCGUGGUGCUGAAAGUACCACUUGCCGCAUCAUGUGGUCGGUCUUCUUCGUCUUUCUGUCUUAUCUGGACAGAAACUUUGUCAAAGGCGACUUUCUGAAUCCCGCUUUGGACGCAGAGAAGGAAAGCAAGGAGAUGUUCUCCAUGCUCAAUGGCACCUUCUGUGCGAAAAUGUCCAUCGUGGGUGAGAAUUUCCUCUACCAGGUGUCGGACGGAGCUGAGGUGGUGCGCUCAGUCGUCAGUCCCACCGGGAAGCUGGUGAACUGCUCCAUCAUAGUGAACCAGAUGCAGGUGAAAUCCUUCAUGCAGGAGUGCAGGCUGGGGCUGAAAGACCAGAGAGCCUCGGGUGGACAGCUGGAGACACAUUUUGCGCGCAUGGAUGAAGCCAAGCUAAUGUGCCGGGAGUUUAAAGAGAGGUCUGAGCGAAACGACAUGGUGAACAAUGAUGUCAGGGAGGAAAAGGUUCUGAAAAGAUCCAAGAGAGGCUUCACUUAUCCUGGGACACUGUGGUGUGGAGCCGGUAACAUGGCCGAUAACUACGACCAGCUCGGAGAGUUUCCGGACACUGACAGCUGCUGCCGCACUCAUGACCACUGCGCUCAUGUCAUCCACGCCUUCUCCUCAAACUAUGGCUACACCAAUUUCAAGUGGUACCCCAUCUGUCAUUGUGACUGUGAUAAUGCGUUGAAAGAUUGCCUGAGGAAAGUAAACGACACGUCCUCCAGGGUUGUUGGUCAGGCAUUUUUCAAUGUCAUCGGGGUUCCUUGCUUUGAGUUUGCCUACGAAGAACAGUGUGCAGAGCGGCACUGGUAUGGCAUGUGUAAGCGAUAUGAGAAGUUCCCCGUUGCCGUGUUGCAAGAAGCGGUGCCAUACGACUACGGAGGAAUUGACGUCAUUGAUAAGCUGACGUGGGCUCCUCCCAAGUCGAAAGACUCCAAGAAAAGCAGUGAAGAAGAGAAGCCAGAGAGUCCAACGAAGUCCACGGUGUCCAGCCCUGAAGAGCCUUCGCUCAGGAACGUUGUCACUGCUGCUGAGGACUUCAUCAAGGUCCUCGCCACCGUCUCCACGUCUCAAAGCUCCACCGCCGACUCUGAUAAAGACGAGGCACAAAGCUCCGAGAAGAAGAAGCGGAAGAACGCAGAUAAGAAAAAGAAGAAGAAAACCAACAAAAAGCAAAAAGGAAAAGGAAAGGGGAGUAAGAGAAAGCAGAAAGCCGAGGCAGGUGUUAGAGGAGUAGAGGAGGGAGCUGUGGUUUCACCGUCUGGCAGCAAAGCAGUCCUGGCUCUCAGUAACUUCAUCAACGAGUCACACAAACAUGACCAGCCAAGCAGAAACACCAACAGAGGCGGUGACAGAGAAUACGAGCUUGGGGGAAAAGAUGAGCCCUCCAAUGAAGUCAUGAAAGAUGAACCAGUGAUGGAUAAGGACGUGGUUUCAGUUACGUCACCUACCACAGUCCAGAAGAGGCCAGCAGAUGCUGAUGUGCUACCAAGAGAAACUGCUCUGUCAACGAGCACAACGACUCCACAUAAAACAAAAAAGAAACAAAAAGGGCAAAGAAAAGAAAGGAAACGGAAGAACAAGAAAACUCAUCUUCUUUCUUUUGAGGAGGUUGCAGCAAACACAACAGAUGAUUUAGAAGCUGAUUCUGUCCCCGCCAUCAUUAUCAUAACCCCAAUGGCAGAGCCCAAGCAACAAAGACGCGGGAAUGACGCUGAAAAUCGACCUGACGCCAGCAUUGCCGCUACCCCCUUUGUAAUCCCCAAAGACAAAAGGAGCAGGUCAAAGGAGAGAGGAGGCAGAGUGGGGAGGAAGAAAAGGAGGAAAGCCAGCUCCCCUCCGUCCUUUGUGCCUGUUGACCAACAAAAUUCCUCUGUGGACGAUCUGAAAGUCAUCCCUGCAACUGGGACUUCCACCAUAACAUUAGUCCCAACCACAGAGCCGCAGCUCUCUGACAUUUUCAGAGAGAAGGUCCAAAUUACAGCUCUGAACUCUUCCUUUAGUGUGUUGCAAAGGUCAAAGGUGAGAAGACUGAGAAACAAAAGGAGGAAGGCUGUUGUUCCUCAUUCAAGUGAAAACACAUUAUUUUCUUAUAACAGUACUGAAAACAUGAUCUCAGUCCUGACAACUCCAGACACUGCCCUAAACCACCCUGCAAGCUGGGUUACCCAAGUACCAGAAACCCACAGUGAAUGGAAGCUUCUUACCACAGUCGCCCCUACUGUCAGCACUAAACGCCACCUGCAGACGGCCAGACAGCACAGAAAACCAAGAAAGAAAGCUGUUGCCCUGAGUGACGCAAUUCCUUUCCCCAAACAAACUAAACAAGUGACAUUUACAACCUCCCCAGCGAACCUUGCCACUUCUGUAAUGCUCAGAUCUGAAAAGGCCCAGUUGACCACCUCAGCAGCACCUGUCAUGAGUCCACUUCGGUUAUCGAUUGAAAGAGCGAGAGCACAAUUCUCCAGGAAGAAGAGACGGAAAGCAGCACUGUCUAACAGACAACCAUAAGCCACAUAUUGCAGGCGUAGAAUUAAGAUUUACAAACCGCAGUCUUAGUUGGCUAGUCUAGCUCCUUCAUGAUAUUACACAAAAUAUUUAAAGUUUAGUCUUUUCGGGUUCAGCGCAAAAUCACAAAAUCAACAAAAUCAUGCUUGUAAUGUGAGAAUCAUGUUUGUGACUUUAUCUUGCAUGUCGGUAAUAAAGUUUCUUAUUGAUUA